AUGUUAGACAAUGAUCCAAACAAAGGAGAGGAGGUGACUUCAUUGGUAUCAUUAAUUUGUGAAGAAAUGACUGAACGCAUAUUAGAAAAUACAUCACCACCAAUUUCAUUACUUUACUCAGCUAUUGCUUGUUUACCUCCACAAUCACAAUAUCGUAAUAUGGUUGUUGAUGGUGCAGCAAUAAAAUUUCAUGAUAUUCUGGCAAGCCCAAAAUUUUCAGAAUUAUCAUUCGAAUUGCUUUACGCACUUCUUUCUUCACCACUAUUACAAGGACCUGAAUGGGUAUUAGAAAUUUAUGAAGCGAUCAUAUUUUGGCUUCAAAAUAAUCCUGAACAUAUUUGUUAUGCGUCAGCUCUUUUGGAUAAUGUUAAUUUCAAGGAAAUUAUUCAUGUGGCUGAUAAUCGUCAAAAAAUAAUGAAGAAAUCAUUGGAGGUGCCAGAUUUGGGACCAAUUGUGCAAGUCUUUUUAAUGGAUGCAGUUUAUGCCAAAUUUAUGGAUGAUUUGGCGUCACCACAAAAUCGCAAUCAACCAUUAUCAUCGCCCAUCUAUACGGUGUCUGGUGCAGAAAAUGCAGUUACACCAACUCCAUUAGGAGGAACAUUAGGAUUAGCACCAUCACCUCUUGGAUCAUAUAUCAUUCCACCUUUUGAUUCGGUAUCAUCUGCUGCAACAACCAAAAGUAUUAGUAAUGAAAUAUCCGUAUCAGUUAACAAAAAUUGGCGUCCAGCUCAACAGCUUCCAAUAGGAUCUGCACAUAAUGAUCCGGUACUCAUCUACUCAAAUGUUCCUAUUACUACUGCUGCUGCUAGCGAUGGUACUGCUGGUGCUAUCGGUGGUGGUGCUAUUGGCGGUGGUGCUAUUGGCGGUGGUGCUACUGGUGGCGGUAGGGGUGAACAGGAAGGAUCAGGCGCUAUCAAAAGCUCUCCAACACUAGAAUCAGCUGAAAUUCGAACAAGUAGCAGUCAAGAAUCGGAAUCAAGUUCGAAACGACGACCUAAAUUUGAGGAAAUUUGCAUAUGA